AUGACACAGCCGGCCCAGAACCAAGAUGCGACUACGGGAGAGGAGAUCGCAAGCACAACAGUCCCCCCAAAAGGCACACUUCCCGAACGGAACGCAUUCAGUGACCUUAUGUCUCCCAAAAAACCUCCUCCUUCAAAGAAAGUGCCCCCGUUGGACACUCCUCACUCUGACCCAGCUCGAACAACAACCUUCCUGGGCCGCGACGGUCUAGGCGCCUAUAUUGCUUCCCCUGCUUCCUUCCCUACUUCAAGGGUUAUAUACCAUGAUGAGAAAUGGGUCGUAAUCAAUGACCUCUUUCCUAAAUCCUCCGUUCACAUUCUGCUCCUACCACGCGACGCUUCAAAACAGCUGCUGCACCCUUUUGAAGCUUUUAGGGAUCUGGACUUCUUGAAAGACGUGCAAGCCGAGGUGCAGAAGCUACGAAGACUGGCAGCGAAAGAAUUGCACCGACGCUACAGCAAGUAUUCCGCUCUUGAUCAAAAGCGCCAGAAAGCUAUUGAUGCUUUAGACGGAGACAGCGAUGGCGAAUCCCGACAUCUGCCCAUCGGACGUGAUUGGUCACAGUCAGUCAUCUCCGGUAUACAUGUCGGUCCUAGCAUGAAUCACCUGCACAUCCACAUCCUAUCCGUCGACAGGCAUAGCGAAUGUAUGAAACAUAAGAAGCAUUACAACAGCUUCUCAACGCCCUUCCUGAUCGAUGUCGAAGACUUUCCGUUGGAUAGACAGGACAGGAGAAGACAUCCGAGCAAGGAACGCUAUAUGGAACGCGACUUGAAGUGUUGGAGAUGUGGCAAGGUGUUCGGGAAUAAAUUCUCAAGAUUAAAGGAACAUCUCGACGAGGAGUUUGAGGAGUGGAAGAGAGAAUAG